CUACCAUGCAAUCCCCCGUUCAAACCCUCCGCCAGCCCCAUUUCAUUUCUACUCACUUCUCAACCCCGAAAAUCCGCUUGUCAUUUGCCCCAUCGCCCUUCCCAGUCUGGUCCCGUCGCUCAUCAACCCGCAGAUUCAGCGCCAUGUCCUGCACGAAAUCAAGAAGAGGCUCUGUCCCGCACGAACCACUCGCCUCAAUCGCCAGCAGAGUCCACAGCCUUUGUGAAGAAACCGAGACCCUGAUGGAACAUACAGGCCACCACGAGAAAUGCAUUAUAGGGCAACUGCACCGCUUCGACGCCUGGGCUGCAUCGGUCGAUGUGUAUAGCCAUCAGCACCGGACGCUGGAGGAGCGACUGCGGCAGUUCUCGCCUUGGCUUCCAUAUGAUACGCUGGAGAUGCUGCAUAACCUGGAACUGAAUUUGAUUACGUUGGCAGACUAUGUGGAAAAGAUGCAGGACAUGUUUACACCGGUCGAACAACGUGGGAAUCUGGGGAAGCUCAUCUGCAAGACCAAGGUGGGCAUUAUCCACGGCCUGGACAGUCUGGACGGUGUUAAAAAUGCGAUCGACCCUCAUGACGAUGAGGACCUUUCGUCAGCGAUUGAUGACGCACUCUUUAGGCGUAUUGAUGUUGCCUAGCAUCGGAUCCUUGAGAAGGACUAUAUUCAGCAUACGGUCUUGCACCAUUGACAUUCUGCGCUUUUCCACUCCUUAUUGAGAAUCUACCAAUUGCAGUUCUCACUCAUUCGUGACUGAACUCUCA